AUGCCGUGCUUUUCAGCAUGUCCAGGGUCUACGCAUAGCUACAUACAAAAACAAGAACCGAUCGAUCGUGCAAAGACAGCAGCGCGGGGCGUUUCAGAUGUUAAUGUGUUGAAACAUGUUUGCAAGAAACCCAAUCACCAUCUUAAAUGUCACAAUGUGUUUUACACGCAAUCUAUUCCGCCUCGAGAAGUACGUGCAAGCGUUCCGCGUAAAGUACAACUUCCACAUAAAGAAUUGGAACGAUUAAAAUCCGCUUCGAAGGUUGUUACAUUAGAGGAUCGCCUGGAUGAUUUAAUGAAAAAGGAGACGGAAUUGCGGCGAUUGGAAGAAGAAGCUGAACGGACUCGGGAACGUUUCAAGAAAAUUGACGAUGCGCGCAAAAAAAAGGCUGAAGAAAUUGCUUUGGUGCAGAAAAGAGAGGAGGUUCAGGAUAAAUUGCAGGUUCUCGAAAAAGCUUUUCUAGCGAAACACGAACAAGAAGAAGAGGUGAAAAAAGUAAAUCGCAUUAUACUUGAUGCUAAAUGCCACGCGGUCCGCGAUGCCCAAAUUCAAGAAAAGAGUAAAUUAUUUAAAGAGCUACGCAAGGAGGAAAUACAUUUGGAGCAACAGGUCAUAGAAAGGGCUAUGAAAUCACUUAAUGACGAAGAUCGUCAAUUCGAUAAAAAACAAGAGGCGAAACAAAAAUAUGCGGAAGAAAUAAGGAAGCAACUGCUUGAACGGGAAAAUCAACGCUUCCUUGAGGCUGAACGUACAGAAAAAGAGGCAAAAAUGCUGCGUGAAAUCAACGAAGCUUUUAAACAUGACGAAGAACGGCAAUACCAAUUAUCUAAGCAGAGGCGCUUGAAAUUUCGGGGCGAAUUGGCCCAAGUGGUGGAAAUGUCUAAUGUUUUUAAGCGUAUGUUAUGUGAGCAAGAAAGAACUACAGAGAUGAAAAUAGCGACCUAUAUGCGUGAAAAAGAUGAACGGUUGCGGGCUCUGGCUCACGAAAAAAAAUUGCGGAAACAAGAACAAGAUCGCAAACGUCAGCGCCUUUUUAAUUUGGCUCAAAAGGCACUUGAAUCGCGUUCACAACGCGACGAGAUUACCUAUCUUAGGCAAAGGGAAAAUUUAGAGAGGGAAUACCGUCAAAAAGAAAAGGAAACAGCAAUGAAAAAAAAACGACUCGAAAAAGAAUUAAGCGAUGCCCGCGAGCACCAAAUGCAAGAAACUAAACAUCGGCAAGCGCUACAAGUUGCUCGUGCCGAACAAGAUUUUAAUGAACUAAUUCAACGUUUGAAGAAGGAGGAGGAGGAAGACGGGAAACUCACUCUAGAAAGGCAACGGAAGCGCAAUUGUUAUCGAAUGGAUAUAAUACGACAAAUGGGUGAUAAAGAAAUGGAGCGACGACGACUGCUGGACUUGGAACGUAGUGAAGCUUCAGACUGGCGUGAACGCGAACGCCAACGUGACGCAAACAUUAAGGCUGUCAUCAAUGCUAAGUUAGCAGCUAUGCGUGAUGCUUGUCUACCAGAGAAGUAUAUCAAAGACGUAGAGAUGCAGUUACAGCGCAUUACCAAUAACCAGCGCCAGAAGCUGGCAAAAUAG